AUGGCUGGGACAGGUAGAAUGGGAUCUCGCUUUAACGAACUUAAUCUACCCCGAGGAAUUUUUGUUGAUACGAACUUUGACUUAUACAUAGCAGAUUGUGAGAAUCAUCGGAUUCAAUUAUAUGAAUUUCGAUUAGGACAAACAACUGGCAUGCCAGUAGCAGGAAGUGGAACAAUAAAUCCAACAAUUUCACUUUUGUCGCCAAAUGCGGUAGUAGUGGAUGCUUAUAAAUAUCUAUUCAUUUUGGAUGGCGGGAAUAACCGUGUUGUUGGAUCAGGACCCGAUGGCUUUCGAUGUUUAGUUGGCUGUCGAGGAGGUGGCAUGGAAUCUCACCAAUUAUCAAUUCCCUUUAGUUUUAGUUUUGAUCGUUUAGGCAAUAUUUUUGUCAGUGACCAAUUCAAUCAUCGAAUUCAAAAGUUCUUAUUUUUGGAAAAAUCAUGUGGUAAGCAGAACGCAGUUAGAUAUCCGAAUGGUCAAUCUCGAAUAAAUAAAUGGAUAGCAGAGAACAACACAUUUGUCACUGUGAUAGAUGUUCGUUCAACAUGUGACAGUCUCUUUAUAGAUUCGAAUGAUACUUUGUAUUGUGGAGUGUCCGGUGGUGCUGAAGUUGUGAAAAAAUGGCUAUAUGCAGAUGAUAUGAAAUUAAUUCGCGUAGCUGGAACAGGCGAAUGGGGAUCGAAUUUGAACCAAAUUCAAACUGCAUCGAGAAUCUUUGUUGAUACAAACUUUGACUUAUAUAUAGCAGAUUGUGAGAAUAAUCGAAUUCAUUUAUUUCAGCUGGGACAAUCAAAUGGCACCAUUGUAGCAGGAAGAGAAUCAGAAACUCCAACAAUAAAUCUUUAUUGUCCAAGUGCAGUAUUACUGGAUGCCCAGAAAUAUCUGUUCAUUGCAGAUGCGCUAAAUAAUCGUAUUGUUGGAUCGGGACCCGAUGGGUUUCGAUGCUUAGUUGGAUGCCGUGGGAAAGGUACACAACCUCACCAAUUCGAUUAUCCAAACGAUCUUAGUUUUGAUACGUCCGGAAAUAUAUUCAUUGUCGAUGACAACAAUCAUCGAGUCCAAAAAUUUUCGUUUUUACAAAAUUCAUGUGUUUAUGGUUCACUGUCUCUCAAAGUGGUAUUUCAAUCGUCAUUAACUAAAACAAAUCAAGUCUAUUUUCGAGAUUGUACUGAACCAAACUUUCAUUAUGAAUCUAUUCAAGUCAACGUAAUCGAAAAUGGUUAUUAUAUUUUUCGCACCUACAGCGCACUGGACACUUAUGGUUAUAUCUAUGAAAAAAUAUUUAACGCACUCGAUCCACUUGAAAAUGUUCUUAAAGCUGAUGAUCAAAGUGGUUCUGCUAAUCAAUUUCGACUUGAUAUUUCUCUUCAAGCUAAUAAAACUUAUAUACUAGUAGUCACAACGUUUUCUCCAAGCGAGACUGGAUCCUUUGACAUUGCCAUUUCGGGAACAAAUACCGUUACUCUCAAGAAACUUAGUGAGUACAUUAUUCUAUGCUACUGA